AUUGGCUUUGCUCCCAGCCCUUCUGCGCUUUGGCAUCUUUGCAUUUGGUAUCAUCAACGAGGCGCAUCUACUUGCUUGGUGAAACUCAAUCGUUCCAUUGCGUGCUUGUCCCAGCGUCUACGUGAACGUUCGGAUAUACGCAGACUGGCAGCGCACGCCGAUCGCGGGAGCGAGCAUCAAUGUUCGUCGACUUCGCCAGCACACUCACUACCUGCCCACUGCAGCAGCGACUGAGACAGUCUUGGGUGCGCAUCAUUCUUGGAAAUUACCGUCGGUGCUUCACUAUGGUACCCUGGCUGCCAAAGAAUCGCGACUCAUCUGGCCCCGUGUGUUACACUGCGAUGUCUGCCACAACAGGCUGCUCGCAGGAGCCGGGUCGAGGUUCUCGUGACACGGUCUGUUCAGUUGCACUCGAUGAUGUUGUUCCUGUGCGACUUCGAUGGCUUGCGCAUGCCGCGGGAAGAUACAGAAUCUGUGGGCAGGCGAAACAAGAUUCGGCUUCCAUCCACCACUCCAACGCGUGUUACAGCACAUGCAGGCGCCUUUCGCACCGAUACCAGCGACUCAGACUGGCAGACAAUUCUCCCUCACGCCGUUGUCGACAACUUACAUUAAGUCGCGGCGUUGCCAAAAAUGCCCUGGGCUUCUCGAAGGCUUUCCUGUUCCUCACAUGGAUUUCGACCAAGUGCGCAUCACCCAUGAGCGUGAGCCGUCGCGGACUGGUCAGCGUUCGGUGAAAGAAACACUGCUAUGCAUUAUAAACUGGCUUGGCUCCCCUUGGACCCAUUGUCAUCCCAGGUCUC